GAUUUAAUUGCAUGCCCACUACACUAAAGAGUGUCAAUAAACAUUUGGCUGAGUGAGUGUUAAAGGAAAGAAAAGUAAAACAAUGGCGUCUUUGGUCGAAAAGAGCGAUCUUGUAACGCCAUUAGUUGUAAAAGAAUAUGAUCCCGAAUCCGAAGUAAAAUUCACAAGGGAUGAAAUCGUUGCAGAAGCUAAGCUGCAACUAUUCCUUGCUGGUCCCAUGAUGUUCGUGAAUGUCUUGUUGUCCCUCAUACAAACAAUUUCAGUCAUGUUCGUUGGCCACGUCAGCGAGCUGGCCCUCUCCGGCGCUUCCAUGGCCACCUCCUUCGCCUCCGUCACCGGCUUCAGCCUCCUGGUUGGGAUGGCAUGCGCAUUGGACACGUAUUGCGGCCAAUCAUACGGGGCGAAGCAGUACCACACGCUCGGAAUCCACAUGCAGCGCGCCAUGUUGGUGCUGCUGGUGGUGAGUGUGCCGCUGGCGUGCAUCUGGGCGACAGCGGGCGACAUUCUGAGGGUGCUGGGGCAGGAUCCGGCCAUUGCAGUGGAAGCCGGGGCCUAUGCCCGUUACAUGAUCCCUUCCAUCUUCCCCUUCGCGCUUCUGCAGUGCCAGUUCCGAUUCCUGCAGACGCAGAACAAUGUGGUCCCCAUGAUGCUCACCUCCGGCAUCACCACGCUCUGCCACAUCCCCAUCUGCUGGCUCUUGAUCAACAAGAUGGGACUCGGUAGCAAGGGCGCCGCCCUUGCUAACGGCAUCUCGUAUUGGACGAAUGACCUCUUCUUGAUCCUCUACAUCACCAUGUCCCCUGCUUGCAGGGACACAUGGAAGGGUUUCUCCAAAGAGGCUCUGCAUAAUGUCUCCAAGUUUAUCUGGCUUGCAAUUCCUUCUGCUAUUAUGGUUUGCUUGGAGAUCUGGUCUUAUGAGAUCAUGGUUAUUGUCUCUGGGCUUCUACCUAAUCCGACGUUGGAAACAUCGGUUCUCUCCAUCAGCCUGAACACGAACGGAAUGAUUUACAUGAUACCCCUUGGACUUGGAAGUGCAAUAAGCGUGCGUGUGGCGAACGAAUUGGGGGCGGGGAGGCCUAAAUCAGCUCGUCUAGCAGUGCGCAUGGCGACGCUGAUGGUGGCGGCAGAGAGCCUGGUGGCGGUGGUGGUCAUAAUCUUGGGGCGGAAUGUUUGGGGGUACUGCUUCAGCAGUGAGGUCGAUGUGGUUUCCUACGUUUCUGAUAUGAUGAUACUUAUCGCCAUCGCAAACAUGGCGGAAGGAGUUCUCUCUGUCCUCAGCGGCAUUGCAAGAGGAUGUGGUUGGCAGAAGAUUGGGGCCGUCGUGAACCUGGCGUCCUUCUAUUUCAUCGGUAUCCCCCUCGGAGUUGUGCUAGCAUUCGUGCUGCACCUAGGAGGAAUGGGACUAUGGACUGGGAUCAUAGCUGCAGUUUUCGCGCAGACGUUUUUCCUGUCAAUCAUAGCUCUCCGAACCGAUUGGGAGGCAGAGGCAAGGAAGGCUUGUGUUAGAGUUUUCGACUCGACAAUCCCAGUUGUGGCGUAAGGGUGAAAAGAUUAUGAGAUGAAGGAAGGUCGUCAAUCUGUGUGAGAAAAGCUAAGGAUUCCAGCUUAUAUACAGCUUCUGGUGUUGUGUCAAAUUACACAUCAAGAGAUGUUACCUAGCUCUGGAUUCUUGCAUUAUAAAUGCAUUUUUGUUUUAUGUUUAUGUUUGUGGUUGUGUAUACAUGGUUUUGAAUGAUUUUGAGGGUUUUAUAGCACUGGAAGAUUGUACAUAAUUACUAGUACUCUGUUUUAGUAAUCUGGUUGCCAUUGUUUGGCACUCCAAGAAAUAUUCUAAGUUUCAAUAUUGUUAGACAA